AUGGGACAUGGCAGUCACCUGGAGGAUGGGAAAUGGCGGUCACCUGGAGGAUGGGACAUGGCGGUCAUCUGGGUGAUGGGACAUGGCGGUCGUCUGGCUGAUGGGACAUGGCGGUCAUCUGGAGGAUGGGACAUGGCGGUCAUCUGGAGGAUUGGACAUGGCGUCGUCAACUUGUUCUUGACCGCAACACUUCUCGCUAUGUCGUCCCUGCUUGUCUUGACGUCCACGGCUAAUAACAACAGCUACGGAAGUCCAGCAGACUCCACUUUCUCGUCAAUGUCUUCAGAUAACGGGGAGAUAGAUCUGCAGCGUGAUGAAAUGGAGAGAAAAAAUUCCAAAGAAAAUCAAACUAAUACAUCCUCGUCGAAACGAAAACAGAAAGAUAGUGACUCAGUGACUUCUACGCCUAAAAAGAAACGUUACAACAAACCACGACAGAGAGAACGGAGCCCGUCUCUUGUCGCUAAACUUAAAAAAACUCGCCGCUCCAAAGCUAAUGACCGAGAGAGGAGCAGGAUGCACGGCUUAAAUGAUGCCCUCGAAGUAUUGCGAGAGGUUCUUCCAGCUUCAGAUGGUGAAAACAAACUGACGAAGAUCGAAACAUUGAGGAUGGCUUACAAUUAUAUAUGGGUAUUAUCUCAGGCCCUGGAAGGGGUGGCAAAACUUCCGGAAAAUGGACUUGCUAAAGAUGUAACUGGUGCUAUUCACGUUAAAAGGGAAUUAGACUUUAAUACAAAUAGUGUUUGCUCGUCGGACAGUGGUCAGCUUUCUCCUACUCCAUCUCAUAUUCUGUCUCCAGCCACGGAGCCGGACUCCCAGGCAAUCCAGCCUCCUCAUCAGUCGCCUCAGUACGACCCUCGUGUCCCUCAUCAUCAAGCGUCCAUCCAACACCAGCAACCCACGGCGGGCUACCAUCACUUUAGAAUAGCACCAACAGUGUCUACCCCAGGUGUCCAGUUUCAGCCUCUUCUUCCAGCGUCGGAACCCAUGACGUCAUACGUGUCCUGUUCCUCGCCUGUAUCACAAGUGACUUCUCCACAUCCCCGAUCGGACGUGUGCCCAAACUUUGUGAUUUCACAAACUCAUCAUUCCGACUGGAGUAGCGUGUACUCCGGAUUUUCGGCCAUGAAGGAGUGUGGCAUGUUAAGGUCGGGUCUACACAGUCCGACGGAACAUUCUGACACAUCAGAAGGGUAUGCUAUUGAAAUGUAUUGA